UCGCUAGUUCAUAAAUUUUCUUCAUCAUCGUGUGUUUGUUUUCUCUAUAUAUGCAUUAAUUUUGUAUUAUUUUUGCUUUUUAUCGACAAAGAAAACAGCAAAUCAAGUGUUUAAAAAUAAUAAAUCAAUUAAAAAACUUUUAACAAACAACAACAAGUUCAGUAUGUGAAGACGUUGGUGGAGAAAUCUAGAGGAAACAAUAAAAGAAAACACGGGAUAAUUUUUUGUUUUUUUAGAAUUCAUUUUCAUGAAAUAUUUUCCAUUCGAGAACAGUGUCUACUUUCGGUUUUCCCUUCGUGUUAAUCCUUCUCCAUAGCCAUCUCCAUCUCCAGUCCCCAUACCCAUACCCUUGACAUAAUAAUAAUAUUAAAAAACGCAACAUGCCACUUGCUGACUCGAUCAAAGACUUACGCCUGGGAGUGUCCAAUACCAAUAAUGCUGCUGUAACAACAACAACAAUGUCGGAGCGGGCCUCGGAUGCUUGCCAGGAUGAUUCAGAGACACUCAUGGAGGGGAUUGUGUGCGGCGGGGGCCGUGAUUCGGCCACCGAUAACAAUCACCAACACAUGGACUGCGAGGAUGACACGGAAAUGAGGGAGAAUGAGAUAGAAUUGAGGGAAGUGGUAAAGGAGGGACACGACAAGGCCGAUCCAUCACAGUUUGAACUUCUGCGGGUGCUUGGCGAGGGUUCCUUUGGCAAGGUAUUUCUGGUGAGGAAAAUUGUUGGAAAAGAUGCGGGUGCACUUUAUGCAAUGAAAGUCCUCAAAAAGGCCACCCUCAAAGUGAAAGACCGGGUGCGGAGCACAAAUGAGCGCAAGAUUUUGGCUGAUGUUGGUCAUGCCUUCAUUGUGAAGCUGCACUAUGCUUUCCAGACGCCUGGCAAACUCUAUCUGAUAUUGGACUUCCUGCGCGGAGGCGAUUUGUUCACACGACUCAGCAAGGAAGUCAUGUUCACUGAGGAAGAUGUCAAGUUCUAUCUGGCCGAACUGGCUCUGGCCAUGAAUCAUCUCCAUAGGCUGGGUAUCAUCUAUCGUGACCUCAAACCGGAGAAUAUCCUCCUCGACGAGCAUGGCCACAUCGCUCUGACGGACUUUGGGCUCUCCAAACAGCCCCUGGACGGUUCGAAGACCUACAGUUUCUGUGGCACGGUGGAGUAUAUGGCUCCAGAGAUUGUCAAUAGGAAGGGCCACGAUUUCGCGGCAGAUUGGUGGUCGUUCGGGGUUUUGAUGUACGAAAUGCUGACGGGCAACCUUCCCUUCCAUGGAGCUUCGCGUCAAGAGACGAUGAAUCAGAUUCUUCGGACAAAACUGGGAAUGCCAGAGAACCUCAGCCCGGAGGCUCAGGCACUGUUAAGGGCGCUGUUCAAACGAAAUCCUCAGAAUAGGCUCGGAGCUGGGCCCAAUGGUAUAGAGGACAUAAAGGCUCAUCCGUUCUUCGCGACAAUUGACUGGGAGGGGCUGGUGAAGAAGGACGUGAGACCUCCCUUCAUUCCGGCUGUCUCACGCGAUGACGCGUUUUAUUUCGAUGUCGAAUACACAAGCAAAUCGCCAAGAGACUCCCCCGGCGGUCCCAUAAGUGCCAGUGCCCAUGAAAUCUUUCGCGGAUUCAGUUUCGUGGCGCCAGUUCUCCUCGACGACGUCUCCCCUACGCUUGUGCCAAUUGCCCAGAGCCUUAUGCAACAAGCAACUGUCAGGCAGAACAGCAUGCCUGGCGUCCUGACUGCGGACAACUUCCAGACGGAUUACAAUUUGCUGCAGGAGCUUGGUCGGGGGACCUUCUCGGUGUGUCGGUUGUGCGAGCACAAGACCACAAAGAAGCACUUUGCGGUGAAAAUCAUUGACAAAACUGCAAACGACUGCUGGGAGGAGGUCGAGAUCAUGCUGCGCUACGGCAAUCAUCCGAAUAUCGUGACCUUAUUCAGUGUCUACGAGGACACCACAUCGGCGUACCUUGUAAUGGAGUUACUGAAGGGCGGCGAGCUGCUGGAUCGCAUCCUCACAGUGCAGACAAUGUGCGAGAGUGAAGCCAGUGCUGUCCUGCGCACGAUUGUGUCGGCUGUGGCCUACCUUCAUGAUCAUGGAGUGGUUCAUCGCGACCUCAAGCCCUCGAACAUGAUAUACGCUUCGAUGCGACAAACCCCGGACUCUCUAAAGCUGUGCGACCUGGGUUUUGCCAAACAGCUGCGGGCUGACAAUGGACUUCUGAUGACGCCUUGUUACACUGCGAACUUUGUCGCUCCCGAGGUCCUCAAGCGACAGGGUUACGAUCUAGCCUGCGACAUUUGGUCCCUCGGAGUACUCCUCUACAUAAUGCUCUCAGGACGAACGCCAUUUGCUUCCACGCCGAACGAUUCGCCAGAUGUGAUCCUCAAGCGAAUCGGCUCCGGCAACAUUGACUUGUACUCCAAGAAAUGGGCCGACAUUUCACCAGCAGUAAAAGACCUCCUCCGCCAAAUGGUUCACAUUGUUCCCGAAAACAGGCCAACAGCGUCACAAAUACUCCAGCACCCUUGGAUGCGAGAGCAGGUGCCGUCAUGUGUGCGUCUGACAGCGCACACUGCCGGCGUUCAGCAGUCAUCCAUGAAGGAAGCAUCGCUCGCUCUGAAGGGAGCCCUGGAUGCGACAUUCCGUGCCAUUGCAAUUCCCCAAGCAGCUAACAUUGGACCGGUGGAACUAUCGAAGCUGGCCAAGCGUCGUGCCAAAGAUCGUGCCACAAUACAUUCUUAACGCUAGUUAAGUGCCAUGAUAUGAUGUCGCGCCUUCAGUUGGUGCAGUUGUUGCUUUUUCAAUUAUUACCCAGCAUCCAACCACCAUUUGAGUCUAGGACAAAAACAACAAAAACAUUAUUAUUAUAGUUAUAUUAUUAUCAAUGAAUUUAUUAUUAUAUUUAUAUAUAUAUAUAUUAUAUAUUCCAGAACAAAAAUACCUAGAAAAAUACAGUUAUUAAAAAAAAUUAUUAUACACAAAGUUAUUAAACUAAAAACGAAAACAAAAAUUAUAACCAUGAAGACGACAGAUGCAGCAGUCGGAUCCUUCGUGCUUCUCUCUCCAUUUAUAAGUAUUAAACAAAACAAAAAAAAAAUAUUUUAUUCAUUUAUGAAUAAAGUUUAAACAAAAAAAAAUAUAAAAUUAUUGAUAUUUAUACACAUACUUCAACACAAAAACCACACACAUCCACUCUUUAAAUUUAUUAUUAUUAUUAUUAUUAUUAAACAUUUAAAAAGAAAAGUAUUAAAAGGUUUUAUUAAAGCAUAAAAAAGAAAUGUACAUAUAUAUAGAACAAAACUAAACUAAACUGAUCACACACCCAUUGCAUUUUAAAAAAUAAAAAUGUUUCAAAAAAAUAAAAUUAAA